AUUUAACUUGGUCGCGUCACUUGAGUAUUUGGUAUAAACGGUGCGAAAGCCGCUAAUUUCUGUUUUGGUAGUGGAGUAAAAUUUAUUUAAAUCAUCUGGUUUUUUGUGCUACUCGAGAAUUAAACGCAAAAAAUAAUUAAAUUACAAAACAACUAAGAGAGCAGAGAACAACGAUAAACUUGGCAUAAAGUUUUUUUCGUAUUUCCAGCUAAAAAAUAAAAACCAGACUGAGAUCUAAAAAUACAAACAGCAGCAGAGCACAAAAAGACGGCGGACGGACUGAUUAAGAGACAAAGAAAUAUCGAAAUAUCGUAUAGAAAAACACAGACACAUGUUGUUACUAAAAGGGGCAAAACUUUGACAAAAACAAAAGUAUCCAAAAGAAGCAACAAAUAUCAAUCAAAUAUAUCACAUCAUCACCAUUAAACUGAAAGGGUGUAAAAAUAAAAACCCAGAGGCUUAAAAGUCUAGCAAAGUAAUAGACGUUGGACGUUGGCGGUGUGUUAAAAUAAAAAAGAAACAAAAACGGAGUCGCGGGCGAUAUUUUUUGUUAAUAUAAUUUACAAUGGCGGCAGCAGUAGAAGUACGAAAUGGUUAUAAAUAUUAUGGCAGCAAAUCGAAACCAAAAAUUAUACUCAACUAUCUGAAUAUGAAUGUACAACGAGGAUCCAUAUAUGGUUUGUUGGGUGCCUCAGGCUGUGGAAAGACCACUUUGCUAUCCUGCAUAGUGGGUCAAAGAGAAUUCAAUACUGGAGAUGUUAGAGUGUUGGGUAUAAAGCCGGGUGCUCCUGGAAGUGGCAUACCCGGCUCACGUAUUGGCUAUAUGCCUCAGGAAAUUGCUUUGGUGGAGGAAAUGACCGUCAAGGAGACAGUGUAUUAUUUUGGCCGUAUUUAUGGCAUGAGAGAUGAAAAGAUCCGUGAAAAAUUUAAAAUUUUACGUGAUCUGCUACAGCUGCCACCCGCCAAACAAUUGGUCAAGAAAUGCAGUGGUGGCCAACAGAGACGUGUAUCGUUCGCCUGUGCCAUGAUACAUGAUCCGGAGCUGUUGAUAUUGGAUGAGCCCACGGUGGGCUUGGAUCCAAUGUUGAGAGAGAAAAUCUGGGAUUUUUUAGUAGAAUCAACCAGAAAUAGUAAAAUGGCUGUGAUUAUAACGACCCAUUAUAUAGAAGAAGCUAAACAGGCCAAUUGUAUUGGCUUAAUGCGCAAAGGUGUUUUAUUGGCUGAAGAUACACCCGAAAAUAUUAGAAUAAGAUUUGAGGUAAAUUCCAUAGAAGAUGCCUUUCUUAUAUUGAGUCAAAAACAAGGUGAUAAUGAUGUUAUCGAGGCCUCAUUGGCCCAACUGCCCUCCAAUCAACAACAUGCCUCGAAUGCUAUCUGCAAUGGCGUUGAAGUUAUCGAUGCCUCCAGCAUAACACAAACAGCUGAGAAGGCGAAUUUGGAAACCAACAUACAAAAACCAUCACUAGAGAAUAUUGUGGCACCAGAGGAGAAUGAAAAUCAAAGGAAAUGUUUCUUUACCACCAAGGGCAGAAUCAAAGCGUUAAUGACCAAAAAUUUUGUGCAAUUAUUUCGACAACCCAGUGGCAUUAUUUUCAUGUUAAUGUUUCCCCUAAUACAAUUAUCCUGUUUUUAUAUGGCCAUUGGUAAAACGCCCAAUAACAUGAGAAUAGGCAUGGUCAGCAAUGAAAUAACAACCUGGGACACUUGUUACGAUCCAGAUUUGAUAACAGUAUCGAUGCAUAAUGAUACCUGUAACUUUAGUACGAUAUCAUGUCGAUUUGUAACCAGUCUGGAGGAUAGUGAUCAUAUAAAAAAGGUUUUCUAUGACAAUGUAGAAGAUGCUCAUCGUGAUUCAAAGGCCACCGAUAUUUUGGGUUAUAUAUUCUUUCCUGGUAAUUUCUCUACAUCUAUGCAAUCACUAAUGGAAGAUGGUCGUUUUGCGGAUGAUUAUGCGGUUAAUAAUGCAGAGCUGUCGGUACAUAUCGAUAUGACUGAUCGUCAAAUUGCUUAUUUCGUGGAAAGAAAACUACGUGAACAUUAUCACACCUUCAUUAAGGACAUCUUAACGGAUUGUAAUUUACCCCAAUCAUUGGCAUCCAUACCAGUAAAUAUGCAAGAACCCAUUUAUGGCUCAGAAGAUAUGGAAUUUCAACAAUAUGUAGCGCCCGGUGUAGUAAUGACAAUGGUAUUCUUUUUGGCCACCUUAAUGACAGCUGCGGUUUUCAUUGAAGAACGCAUGGAUGGGGUAUGGGAUCGUACUUUAGUAGCUGGUGUUUCGGCCAUGCAAAUGCUGUGGGCUCAUCUUUUGACACAAUUUAUUAUCAUGGUUAUACAAAGUUUCGAAGUAAUUAUGUAUAUUGGCAUAGUGUUUAACACUUAUAAUAGAGGCGAUACAGCUACAUUAAUAUUUCUACUGACAUUGACCUCAUUUUGUGGCAUGUUAUUUGGUUUACUCAUCUCGGUGUAUUGUAAAUCUCAUACGGAGGCGAAUUUUGUGGCCACUGGAGCAUUUUAUCCCAUGAUCAUAUUGUGUGGUCUUUUAUGGCCCUUGGAGGGCAUGCCGAAAUUCUUACAAGACAUAGUGGUUUAUUUCCCCUUUACUUUGCCUUCUAUAUCGGCUCGUAAUAUUUUGGAGAAAGGUUGGAGCAUUACCAAUGUUAAGGUGUACAAUGGUUUCCUAGUUAUGUCCGCCUGGAUUGUUAUAUUCUUUACAUUAUGUAUGAUCGGUCUCAAAAGAAAAACAUAGUUGCUUUUUCCCCUAUGAUAGAGAAUUAUUAAGUAGUUUUUUUUCUAAUUAUUCUUUUUUUAUUCUUAUUAUUUUAUUAAAUUAAUUUAAAGUAUUUUUUAUACCAAUUCUCGCAUAGUUAUUCAUUCAUUUAAACAUUUACAUCAAUUCCUCUCUAUUUAAAAAUUUGCAUAAAAACUUCAAAAAAUUCCCACAAUCAUAUUGAAAAAAUCAAAAAUCAAAUAAAUUAUUUAUGUUAAAAAAAACAAAUUUUCCACAAAUUAUCAUAAAUAAGUUUAUAAAUUAUGUAUGUACAAUUUAAAAUCAUUUAUAACAAACAAUUUGUCUUCAAUAUCAUUUUUAAACACACAUAUAUUUUUUUAUACGAAAAAAAAAUUUCAUUUUUUUCCCCAACAAAUCCAAACUCAACAACAAAAAAGGUAACAAGUAUAAUUUAAUUGUAUUUAUGUAUUAAAGUGUAUAUUGAACAGUUUUUUUUAUAUAUAUAUUAUGUAUAAUUUUAUUAUAUUAUUUAUAAUUUAAUAUGUAAAACAUGUAUACAAACAACAACAAAAACAUUAUUUGUAUUUUAUAAAGUAAAAAAAAGGUAAUUGUAGUUAAGUAGUAGCGUAGUAGUGUAGCUUUAGUAAACAAAUCAAGUGUAUAAUGCGAAAGCCAAAAAAAAUCUUAUAAAAUAAAUUUUUUGCUAAUAAAUCUAUAUGAAAAA